CAUCAAUUCAGACGAAGGGAGGAGAGAGAAAGGCCAAAAGGCGAAGACAAGCAAAGCAAGCCAUGGCUUCUUCAAGUUCGCCACCGUUGCUCCUCUUCCUUCUCUCAGUUACUCUAUUGAAUAUCGUCGUUGUCUCUACCUCUUCACAUAUCUCUCUACGGCACGAAACUGUAAGAGAAAGAAGAGAAGUUGCACGUGGAGUAUUUGGGCGACGAAUUCUGAUGAGUUUUAAGGAAACUGCUGCAGGUGGCAAUGUUACUUUCGAUUGCUCUCGUUCGGGUCCUUGCGUUGCCUGCGCUUACUCUGAAAAGAAUGAUGAGAAAUAUCGCUGCAGUGAAACUGGAUAUCGUCUCCCUUUGAAAUGUGUAGAAGUUGGAGCCGCUUCAAAGGAAAAAGACAGCAAAAAAAGGCAGAAUGGUCGAUCUGCUCUUGAAAACACUAUUAAUGAAGUGAAACCACAGGCCAUGUUACAUAAUACAGAAGAGCUAACUAUUUCACUAACACAUAGGAUUAUGCUGGAUGGUUCAUCCACAUCAGAUGGUGGCUCACAGUUUUACAUUACGUACAGAAGCUGUAUACCUGCAGUUGAUGAAGAGAAGCUAUCAGUACUUGGUUUUGAGGGGAUUAUGUUUUGUAUGCUUCUGUUAAGCGGUUCAUUUGUAUAUUUUAGAAGAAAGCGAACAGGUGCCAUGUCUGCCACAGGAGCAGUGAGAGUUCCAACCAGUUCAAGGUUUUAAAUCGGAAUCUUUGGACGUUAUAAGGCGUAAGUUACCAUGAUUAGCAGAUCGUUUAAAUAGUUAAUUACUGAGGUAAAAUCAAAGAUCAUACAUAGUAGUUCUAGUAUUUGUGUAUUUCCUUUGGUUUUUUCCUGUCAUGUAAUCAGUUAUUUGCGUUUUUGUCUCCUUUUCAUUUUCUAACCUGCACUGUUGCUAUCACCACAAGAAAAGCAAUGUAGCUGGUUGACAUGAGGUAUGAUUAUUGUACCAGCUGUUUUUGUUUGUCCAUUUUAUAGAAAUGUUACAUGUUAUAAUCGACAUACAAUAACGAUGUUGUUGUAUAAUUUUUUUAUAGCAGCGUUUAUUUUGUAUUUUCCCUGUUGUCCUGUUCAGGUUUAUUCCCUUUUUUCCAAG